AUGAAAUUGAUUGCUGCUUUUGGUAAAUAACAUUUAAUAAAUGAGAAUUUGGCUGCAUUUCAAUUAUCAUAAUUUUUAUCAUAACUACAAAAUAAAAUAUUACAAAGCACUUACAAUUAUAUAUUCCCUUUGGUAGAUACAGAUUUCUCUGAUAACCCUUUCUAAUUUAAAAAGAAAUUGAUCUUAAUAAUGAUAUAAAAGUAUAGCAUUAUUUAGCAGUAGGUGUAAUUAAAAAUUUAUUUAGAACUUUUAUAACAUGUUAUGAAGAUUUGAUGGAAUAUUACUAUGAAAUAUAAGAAUCAAUAAAUCAUUUUUCAUAUGGUAAGACUUUAAUUAGAAUAUGGAAAUAUUAAUAAGUAAUCAUCUAAUUAUUUUGGUGUUUAAUUUAGAAAUUUAAUAUUUGA